AUGGGCCCUUAUAUCAGAAGUACAGCUUCCACGACAAUCUCACAGAACAUCGUUUCUAAGAUAUUGCAGCACGUGAUUGCGACAAAGAUCACAAUUAGCAGUGGUAGCAACAAUAGUUCUCUAUCCAGUCUUUGUAUUUGCAACGAGAGGUUCGAGGUGGCCAAUGCAUUGCAUUCCAAGAUUUUACGAUUUAUUCGAUUUCGAAGAUUAUCCAGCGAUCCAGUACCAACCAGUCAGGUUACAGAACCAGUAAUAAGAAGAAAGGAAGAAGUCUUUCUAGACAUUGAUUUACUUCCGAUACGGCAAGUUCAUCAAAACAGUCGACGAGACGCCACAAGAGGAUUGUUUUUCGAUAGAAUUGAGAUUGUUGCAAUCAUGUUACAAAGCAAAUUAAUAAGUCAGACAAUACUAAAACAUACGGAUUAUUUUCUGUCACUCGUGGAGAAGUGUAUAGAAUGGAGUCUGCCCGAACAGAAUAGCGAAGAUGAGAAAGAAUCGGGAACAACGGAACUCGUGAGACCAUUGCCAUGGCUCUUAUUCUUGCCGUGCUUAAUGAUAUUACGUUUAAUCAGAGUGAUAGUUAAUAUAGGUGCUUUCUUGUUCAAUUAUCCUAAAAUCACAUCAAGUGAAAUGAUAAAAUUCGUGCAAAAACGUCGUAGGUAUCUGCAUGAUGCAAUGAAAAAUGACAAGAAAGAAAGGUAUAAGGUAAGAUGUGCAUUUUUUGCCAGUAGCGAAUGCAACAAUAAAGAUAAUAAAAUUAACACGAUAAUAGUUUUGAUGAUGGGUAUAGGACAAAAGAUCGUCAAUGAACGAGGUUCAAUGAAGAAGGCCCUGAUCAGGUCUAUUUGUCUGACUUUGUCGAGCUUAUCCUGCCUAAAUAUAUCCAAACCUCCGUCACUACCGCCUAAAAUUUAUAUUAAUAGCAACCUCGAUUUCGAUCCAAUAAAUAAAAUGGUAUCUUAUCCUGUGCAAACGUAA